AUGCCUUCAAUAUUCAUAUUAGAAGUGUUUCUCGUUCUGUCUCUGCUACGGGAAAAUGCACAAGUAAUACAUGCCAUCGAGCUAUCAAAUUCCGAAGGGUUGCCCGACACCAUAACAAACCCAAAUCUGCAGCAGAUUAGGAGCGAGGAAAGUGGAGAGUCCACUGCGGAUGCGGAUCUAAAGUCUGCUUUGCUCAAAUACGAUUCUGAUGACGGCAAUAGUUGUCUCUUGGAUAUCAUCAAGGAAGAUGUGCUCUGGUGGACAUUCCCAAAUGGAACCCUGAAGCGACUGAAUGGAAAAUACUCACCAUAUUUAUAUUUGGACCUAUCGCAUGGCAACAUGAAGGAAGACACUGACUUGUUCCAACAAACCAAACUAUCAACAAUUCCGUUUAACACAAGGAAAGUUGAAGUUUUUUCGGCUGCCUUCAACACUCUCAACGCAGUCCCCUACCAGGCCCUGUACUCUUUAAAGGACUCGUUGAAGCUUUUAUCUUUGCGGGGAAACAAAUUCGCUGACCUACUGCCGGAUGCUGAGGCCUUUGAGCGGUUUUUGAAUGAAACUCGUUUGGACUCCAGUUACACUACACAACACAAAUGCGAGCAGUUUCUUGCAUCAAAUGCCACUGAUCUGUAUGAUCGAGAGUGCUUUCUAUACAUACACAACAACACGAACACGAGCAACGCCAAUAUGGCCCCAAAGAAUGAUAAAACCUAUGGGGAUUACAUUCAGUUCCUGAGAGAGAAGGUUGACCUUCUUGAUAAGUCGCAGCAAUCCAUUGCAUGGGCCACCUUUCCGAAUCUAACGCGACUUGUGGAACUAGACAUCAGCAACUGCAGCAUUGAGUAUGUGGAGAAGGAAGUCUUUAAGAACCUCACCAACUUGAAGAGGCUCUUCAUGUCGGACAAUAAAAUAAUGACUAUUCAACAGGAUACGUUCUAUUAUAUUCAGAGAGUGCAAUAUUUGGAUAUUUCCUUCACCAACGUACUGACGUAUAGCUACCAAAUAUCUAUGCCCACACUUGAAAUGGCCAUGAGCCUUAUAUACGGCCUAAAGAUACAGCAGAACGCUUUUAAACUUUUACCGGAAUUGGUGUACCUGGAUGUUUCCCACUCGAAAAUGACCCGCAAUAGUGCCGUGGCAUUUGCUCAUUUAGGGCCAAAGCUUAAGUUUCUCAGCUUGUGCUACACGGCCAUUCCCAUGGUGAGCAGCGCUAUGUUCAAAAACACCGCCCUGGAAGGGCUUGAUUUGUCGGGGAACCCCUUCGUGUCGAACAACAUCUUAGAUGACGCAUUCGAUGGGAUUGCCAGAACGUUGAAGUACCUUUAUUUUGAACACUCCAACCUCAAGGAUAUGGAGUGGGCCAGGCCCUUGAAGAACGUGCAAAUCCUGGGUCUGGCUGGUAACAACAUAAAUGCUUUGUCUUCGACCAUGUUUGAGUCGCUGAAGAGCUUGGAAAUCCUCGAUUUAAGCUCAAACCACGUUGGGAAUUGGUAUAAGAGCGCUUUUGACAAUAACUUCGAACUGCGUGUGCUAAAUCUUCGCAGUAAUAACAUCAAUGUCCUCACAAAUGAGAUGCUCAAGGACUUUGAACACCUGGAGUACCUCAGUCUCGGCGACAACAACUUCAUUUGCAACUGCCACCUGAGGGAAGUGGUCGAGGUGGCUGCGGGUAACAACAAGGAGGCCGACUGCUCGUACAACCUGCUCAACAUAAACACCGCAAAUUCGUUGAAUAUCCAAAAACUGCUGGGUACCGCAGAAACUCUAAAUAUUGAUCGCAAGCUCUGGCAGAGCCGAUUUCUGCCACAGUUGACGAAGAGCUACAACAACAUUAAGGACUAUAAGCGCGUGAACAAGAUUUUUAAACUGCGAUUCAUAGCUGAAGGGUAUAAUGCCUCAAGGUGUCCCGCCUCGACCCCCUACCAGAUGUCUGAGUUAAGCAGCGAACUAGUGACCUUAAAAUUUCAGCUGCUUGACUAUGAUGCGACACAAUAUUGGUGCUUCAAUGACACCGAUCAAUUGCAGGUUGAGGAGCUGAAUUGUCAGGUUCGAACCAUGACUGAGAUCGCGACGAAAUUGCACAACCUUACGACGACGGUUAUCGCGGUGGUUGCCAGCAUCCUUGGCCUGUCCAUUUGUGGCUUCAUCAUCUAUCUGAAGCGUUGGCAUAUACACUACUACUACUCGUCGCUAAAGUCCGCAGCCCUCCUUUCCAGCGCAUCUAAAGAGUCCGUGGACAGCCUUACGCAUUUGUCCCAACGAGAUCCCAGCGCGGUCUACGACAUCUUCAUCAGCUACUGCCAAAACGAUCGAACGUGGGUGUUGAACGAACUGCUGCCUAAUGUCGAGGAAGCAGGAGAUAUUUCCAUAUGUCUUCAUGAAAGAGAUUUUCAGAUCGGAGUGACUAUACUGGACAACAUUAUCUCAUGCAUGGAUCGUUCGCACUCAUUGAUGCUGAUUAUAUCCUCCAAGUUUCUACUCAGCCACUGGUGUCAAUUCGAAAUGUAUCUGGCCCAGCAUCGCAUCUUUGAGGUCAGCAAAGAGCAUUUGAUCCUCGUAUUCCUGGAGGAUAUACCGCGUAGCAAGCGCCCGAAAACCCUACAAUAUUUAAUGGAUGUAAAAACAUAUAUCAAAUGGCCAGUCGGCAAAGGCGACGAAAAACCAAAGCUGGAGGAGCGUAAACUAUUUUGGAAACGCUUAAGAAGAUCGCUGGAAGUCAUUGGCAUCAGUAGUUCGAAAGAGAGAGCUUGAGAAAACACUUACCAUCACAUUCAUUAAAGAGUCCUAGUCAGUUUUGCAAGUACCUGAUAAUAUAUAGAUUAAUACG